UCUCUCUCUUUUCCUCCUCGUUCUUUUUUUUUUCUUCCCCUUUUUCUCUCUAAAAAAGAACACGAAAAAUCUCUGCUUCGAUUUUUCUCAGAAAUCGUUUAAUUUUAUCUUCAAAUUUCCAGACAUGACUCUGAUGACUCCUCCGCCGUUAGAUCAGGAGGAUGAUGAGAUGUUGGUUCCACAUUCAGAGUUUGUUGAAGGUCCUCAACCUAUGGAAGUCACAACAGCAGAAGCAGUUAGUACAGUUGAAAAUCAGCCGGUUGAGGAUCCUGCAUCUUCGAGAUUUACCUGGACGAUUGAGAAUUUUUCUAGGUUAAACACUAAGAAACAUUACUCUGAUGUCUUCACUGUUGGUGCUUAUAAAUGGCGGGUGCUGAUUUUUCCCAAGGGAAACAAUGUAGAUCACUUAUCUAUGUACCUUGAUGUUGCGGACUCAGCUAAUUUGCCGUAUGGGUGGAGUAGGUAUGCACAGUUCAGUUUGGCAAUCGUCAAUCAAAUCCAUAACAAGUACACAGUGAGAAAAGAUACACAACACCAAUUUACUGCACGAGAAAGUGAUUGGGGUUUUACAUCGUUCAUGCCUCUUAGUGAACUUUACGACCCUGGAAGAGGGUAUCUCGUAAAUGAUACAUGUAUAGUUGAAGCGGAGGUUGCUGUCCGUAAAAUCACGGAUUACUGGACAUAUGACUCUAGAAAGGAGACAGGUUAUGUUGGUCUUAAGAAUCAGGGAGCAACAUGUUAUAUGAACUCUCUUCUCCAGACUCUGUAUCAUAUUCCUUAUUUUAGAAAGGCGGUGUACCAUAUGCCAACAACUGAGAAUGAUUUGCCAUCAGGAAGCAUCCCUUUGGCUUUACAGAGUUUGUUUUAUAAGCUUCAGUACAGUGACAAUAGCGUCGCAACAAAGGAGCUGACUAAAUCUUUUGGAUGGGAUACAUAUGAUUCUUUCAUGCAACAUGAUGUGCAGGAACUUAAUAGGGUUCUUUGUGAAAAGCUUGAAGAUAAGAUGAAGGGAACUGUUGUGGAGGGUACGAUACAACAGUUGUUCGAAGGUCACCAUAUGAACUACAUUGAAUGCAUCAAUGUGGACUACAAAUCUACUAGAAAGGAGUCAUUUUAUGACCUUCAACUUGAUGUAAAAGGCUGUCGGGAUGUUUAUGCUUCUUUCGACAAGUAUGUGGAAGUGGAGCGUCUUGAAGGUGAUAACAAGUAUCAUGCUGAACAACAUGGUUUACAGGAUGCAAAGAAGGGCGUCCUUUUCAUUGACUUCCCACCUGUUCUCCAACUCCAGCUAAAACGGUUUGAAUAUGAUUUUAUGCGGGAUACUAUGGUAAAGAUAAAUGAUCGGUAUGAAUUCCCCCUGCAACUUGAUCUUGACAGGGAGGACGGCAAAUACUUAUCCCCAGAUGCUGAUAGAAGAGUCCGCAAUCUUUACACACUUCAUGGCGUUUUGGUUCACAGUGGUGGGGUACAUGGUGGACACUACUAUGCUUUUAUAAGACCAACACUGUCAGAGCAAUGGUUCAAAUUCGAUGAUGAGCGGGUAACAAAAGAAGAUAUCAAGCGGGCAUUAGAAGAGCAGUAUGGUGGGGAGGAGGAGUUGCCUCAGACAAAUCCAGGGUUCAAUAAUACGCCGUUCAAAUUUACAAAAUAUUCAAAUGCAUAUAUGCUUGUGUAUAUACGUGAAAGCGAUAAAGAUAAAAUUAUUUGUAACGUGGAUGAGAAGGACAUCGCUGAACACCUGAGGAUUAGGUUGAAGAAAGAACAAGAAGAAAAGGAGCAUAAAAAGAAAGAAAAAGCAGAGGCUCAUCUGUAUACCAUUAUAAAGGUUGCUCGAAAUGAGGACCUUUUUGAACAGAUUGGGAGGGAUAUCUAUUUUGAUCUUGUUGAUCAUGACAAAGUUCGCAGUUUUCGUAUCCAGAAACAGAUGCCUUUUAACCUCUUCAAGGAAGAGGUUGCUAAAGAGUUUGGCGUACCUGUGCAAUUUCAACGGUUUUGGUUAUGGGCAAAGCGUCAAAAUCAUACUUAUCGUCCAAACCGACCGUUAACGCCUCAAGAGGAGACACAAUCUGUUGGACAGUUGAGAGAAGUUUCAAAUAAGGCUCACAAUGCGGAACUAAAGUUAUUCUUGGAAAUAGAGCUUGGGCCGGAAUCACAUCCCAUUCCUCCUCCUGAUAGAACAAAAGAAGAUAUUCUUCUUUUUCUCAAGCUUUAUGAUGCUGAAAAAGAAGAACUUCGGUAUGUGGGGAGACUCUUUGUGAAGGGUAGUGGUAAGCCCUUGGAAAUUCUUAAAAAGCUUAAUGAGAUGGCUGGUUUCUCUCCAGAUGAAGAAAUAGAACUUUAUGAGGAAAUAAAGUUUGAGCCCACAGUUAUGUGUGAGCACAUAGACAAGAAGCUCACAUUCCGUGCUAGCCAGCUUGAAGAUGGAGACAUUAUCUGCUUCCAGAAACCCACUUCAGCUGAUAGUAUGACACUAUGCCGCUAUCCUGAUGUUCCUUCUUUUCUGGAAUAUGUUCAUAACCGUCAGGUUGUGCAUUUCCGAUCUUUGGAGAAGCCGAAGGAAGAUGAUUUUUGUUUAGAGCUGUCAAAGGUCUUAACAUAUGAUGAUGUCACGGAGAGAGUUGCUCGCCAUCUUGGUUUGGAUGACCCAACCAAGAUCAGACUUACCCCUCAUAACUGUUACUCUCAGCAACCCAAACCCCAAGCUAUUAAGUACCAAGGUGUUGACCACUUGUCUGAGAUGUUGGUUCACUACAAUCAGACAUCUGAUAUUUUGUAUUACGAAGUCUUGGACAUCCCUCUACCGGAGUUGCAAGGUUUGAAAACUCUAAAGGUUGCAUUCCAUCAUGCAACAAAAGAAGAUACCGUUGUUCAUAGUAUUAGACUUCCAAAACAAAGUACAGUAGGUGACGUGAUAAAUGAUCUGAAGACAAAGGUUGAGCUGUCUCAUCCCGAUGCGGAACUUAGAUUGUUGGAAGUUUUCUACCACAAGAUUUAUAAGAUUUUCCCGCUUAGUGAGAAGAUUGAGAACAUUAAUGAUCAGUACUGGACUCUUCGUGCAGAGGAGAUUCCAGAGGAGGAGAAGAACUUGGGUCCUCAGGAUCGCUUGAUUCAUGUUUAUCACUUCACAAAGGAUGCAUCUCAAACCCAAAUGCAGGUUCAGAAUUUUGGGGAACCAUUUUUCUUAAUUAUCCAUGAAGGAGAGACUUUAGGUGCAGUCAAAUUGCGCAUACAGAAAAAAUUGCAGAUUCCUGACGAGGAAUUCGCUAAGUGGAAGUUCGCAUUUUUGUCACUGGGCCGUCCUGAGUACCUUCAGGACUCAGAUGUAGUGUCCAGCCGUUUUCAGAGACGAGAUGUUUAUGGAGCUUGGGAACAGUACCUUGGCCUGGAGCAUUCUGAUAGCUCCCCCAAAAGAGCAUAUGCAGCCAAUCAGAAUCGCCAUACAUUUGAAAAGCCAGUAAAAAUCUACAACUAGGGUUAAGCUGAUAAAGCCUCCGUGACUACCUACUGGACCCUCUAAUCCUUCAGCGACGUGUGCAUAAACGUGAUAAGACAACAAGAUGGGAAUUAAUCUUUCAUCCGCUUGGAGAAUGAAGCUAGCAAUGAAAUGAGGUGUCUGCAGUGUUUGCAUAUUGAUUUUGUUGAAUUGUGUAUUCUUUCUAUACAGCGCGUUGAUUAAGGCUUUUUGCUAUAUGUUAGUUUUUCCUUUCCGCUGGUUUUCCAACUGUAGCUCCUUGAACGUCUCUUGUUCUUGGGUAAAGAAAAACAAACAAAAGGACGAAUAUGAAGGCCCUUGUUGUAGUAGGGUGUGAGGUUUGCAGUUGUCCUCUAAAUCUUAUUUUCCAGUGUAAUAGUAGGUAUAUAAGAAGAUUUUGGACUCUUUGUAUAUGGUGUGUAGCUGUUCUGAGGUGUCUUGACAUUGCUUUUCUUGUUUUUAUUCGGUAUUAAAGAAUUGGGUUUAGUUCAGUUCAGACGCGUUGGUGGAUUUGUACAAGGGUUCAUGGUCUUCUUUUCGUAUAUGUAAGGUUUGUGUAAAAGAACUUUGGCAAUGCUGUUUUCAGCCAAGUCAUACAAGGAUUUAUUCUCAUCCA